AUGGCCCCCGGCCGGGGUGGGUGGGGGUGCUGGUGGGGGUGCUGGUGCGUCCUGGGGGUCGUGGCCGCUCCGUGCCGGGGCAUCAGACAGUGUCUGCACGGGAUCACCAUCAACGUGGUGCUGCUGGAGGACGGAGAGUCUCCCUGGAGUCUGAGGUUCGUGAAGGACAAAAUCCUGGAGGCCAUCGAGACCGACUCCAUCAUCAACACCGGGGAAGGCGCCGGGUUUAAUCUCACGGCUAAAUUUGGCGGCAUCAGACCGACAUUUUACCGCCACUCGGGGUGCCAGAACAGCGCGUGUGAGGGCGUGGACGUGCUCAAGAGCCUCAUGGAGGAGGGCUCCCUGGGGUGCGCCGUGCUCGGUCCCACCUGCACCUACGCCACUUUCCAAAUGUUUGAUCCGGAGAAAGGCCUGAAGCUCAGCACGCCCAUCAUGUCGGCGGGGAGCUUCGGCCUCUCCUGCGACUACACGCUCAACCUGCAGCGCCUCCUGCCGCCGGCGCGCAAGAUCGACGACUUUUUCGUGAAGUUCUGGGAAGACUACAACUUGAUCAAACCCGUCUGGACGACGGCCUACGUGUACAAGAAGCAGGUGAACACGGAGGACUGCUUCUGGUAUAUCAACGCACUGGAUGCAGACUCCAGCAGGUUCACCCAAGGCAUUCAGAGGACGGUGCUGCGCAAACCAGGCGACCUGAAGUCGGUGCUGUCUACACCGAAGAACAGGACGAGCAAUCUGUUCAUCAUGUGUGGAUCUCCGCUGGACGUAGCGGAGGUGAAGAGUUGGUGCAAGGAGGCCGACGGCAGCGAUAUUCUCUUUGUCCUUAUCGAUCUUUUCAACGAUCAGUACUACACCAACAGGACGUCGAUGCCGAGCAUGAGGAACGUGUUGGUGCUGACGAUGCCCAACACCAGGAAGUACACAAUCAACACAGACCUGGAGAACAACACGAUGAACGACUACAUUGCGGCGUACCACGAUUCGGUGCUGCUGAUCGGCGAGGUGAUGAGGGAGCUGGCCAAAAGACCUCCGUCCGAGAUCCAGCAGAUGGAGUUUGUCAACGUGAAUCACUUCAGGAACAUCUCCUUUAACGGAAGUGCUGGAAACUACAAGCUGGACCAGCACGGAGACCGAGACGUGAAUCUGUCCGUCAUUUACACCACGACUGACAACGAGUACAAACAUCUGUUCACGUUCGACACAGAGCUCAGAGAAACCACAGUGAUGGAGACGCAUCCUUCCUUCAUCUGGGGAACCAAACUUCCUCAUUCCAGACCAGACGAAGACUCGACGUAUUAUAACGUCAUUGUCAUCGGGCUGUCCGUCACGGUGGUCGUGGUGGCCACCAUCGCCUUCAUUUUCUACAGACAGAACAAGAAGCGCUGGUUCCACAUCUCCUCUGAUCUGGUCACGCUGCUGGAGAACAACCAGCACGUCAUCUCUCUGAAGAUUGAAGAUGAGAAUAAGAUCAAGAAAUUCCAGAUCCGCCGUGCGCUCUACGAUCAGAAGAUUGUGAUCCUGAAGCAGCUGGAGUACUCGGAUGAGGUCUUCACCCAGAUGAAAGAACUUAACGCGCUCAAACAAAUCGACUAUUACAACCUCACAAAGUUUUACGGCACCGUGAAGAUCGACCGCAGCGUGUUCGGAGUGUUUGAGUACUGCGAGCGGGGCUCGCUCAGGUAUGUGCUGAAUGACAAGGUGUCGUACCCGGAGGAGACCUUCAUGGACUGGGAGUUCAAGAUCUCCGUCAUGUACGACAUCACCAAGGGCAUGUCUUACCUCCACGCCAGCCACAUCCAGGUGCACGGCCGCCUCAAGUCCACCAACUGCGUGGUGGACAACCGCAUGGUGGUGAAGAUCACCGACUUCGGCUGCAACAGCUUCCUCAACCUCGGGAAAGACCUGUGGACCGCUCCGGAGCACCUGAGGAGCCAGGGCACCUCUCAGAGGGGAGACGUGUACAGCUUCGCCAUCAUCGCUCACGAGAUCGUGCUCAGGAAGUGCACCUUCUACACCGAGAGCUGCUGCGACCGCGCAGAAAAGCUUGACAAGGUCAUGACGUCGUACUUCAGACCCGACCUGGACCUGGACACGGCUUCGGAGAAAGAAUUAGAGGUGUACUCGUUGAUAAACAGCUGCUGGGACGAGGACCCGGAGAGGAGGCUCGACUUCAAGAGGAUCGAGAACUGCCUGGGAAAAAUAAUCAGUAAGAUCCACAACCAGGACAACGAGAGCUACAUGGACAACAUGAUCCGGCGGCUGCAGAGGUAUUCCCGUACCCUGGAGCACAUGGUGGCGGAGCGCACGGCGCUGUACAAGGCGGAGCGCGAGCGGUCCGACCGCCUCAGCUGCAUGCUGCUGCCGGGCCCGGUGGUGAGGAGCCUGAAGGAGACGGGCGUGGUGGAGCCCGAGCUGUACGAGGAGGUGACCGUCUACUUCAGCGACAUCGUGGGCUUCACCACGCUGUGCCAGUACAGCACGCCGAUGGAGGUCGUGGACAUGCUCAACGACGUCUACGGCGCCUUCGACAGCAUCGUGGACCGCCACGACGUGUACAAGGUGGAGACGAUUGGCGACGCCUACAUGGUGGCGUCCGGUCUGCCCAAGCGCAGCGGCAACCGUCACGCGGUGGACGUCUGCCGCAUGGCGCUGGACAUCUUGGCGUUCAUCUGCAACUUCCAGCUGCGACACCUGCCCGGCAUCCCGGUGUGGAUACGCAUCGGCGUGCACUCAGGUCCCUGUGCUGCAGGUGUCGUGGGGAAAAAGAUGCCCAGGUAUUGUUUAUUCGGAGACACGGUCAACACGGCAUCUCGGAUGGAGUCUACUGGACAUCCCCUGCGGAUCCACGUCAGCCAGCCCACGAUUAACAUCCUGCAGAGGACCGACUGCAGGUUUGAGUACGAGGUCAGAGGAGAGUCCAGUCCCAAGGGCAACGGCCCGGAGACGACCUUCUGGUUGACGGGUGAGAAGGGCAAGGACUACGACCUCCCGACCCCGCCCACAACUGAGAACAUCCAGCGGCUGCAGCAGGACCUCGCCAACAUGAUCCUGACGUGCUUGGAGCGGCGCUCCCGAGGCUCCGUCCGGAGGAGGAAGCCGCUCUCGAGUCAGAGCAAGGAGGACCACGACCACGAGGAGGAGGGGGGGGAGGAGUCUGAGGGCGACCAGCCCGAGUACCUGCACCUGGCCACGGUGGAUAACACCCUCAGUACGUUCCUGUAGAGGACGUCACUGUCCCAGUCCUCCCGAUCUGGUAUUACACCAGUAAGACUGGGAGGCGGAGCCUGUACGACUGGUUUAAGACCUUUCUCCUGCGUAUUCUUGAUAGUUUAAAUAUGCAUUUUGGUAAGUGCAUCUCAUGAGCAAUAGACAUGAGAAUUUUUAAAAAGCGAAGGUGUAGCAGAAAGAUGAAAAGAAAAAUUGGUGACAAAGAUUUUUGUAAUUUAGCUUUUUUUCUCCCUUUUUUAGAUAUUUUAUUCCUGUAAAGCACCUUAUGAAUCAUAUUCUAUGAGAGUUUCUAUCCUAAAUAAAUGUCAUUCUUAUCAUAACGAGUA